UUUUAAACAAAUAACAAACUCUUUUUUAAAGUCGUGAGGAUACGGUUAUAUAAUUCUGUAAAUAUUCUGUGUUAACUAAUAAACGAGACAAUAAAAGAGUAUGAAAAUAUGGACAAAAUAGAAUGGACCCUCUUACCCCACCCUACUAUACCACAUCGCCAAAUUGCGUCAGUAAAGGUUAAGAUACCCUUUGAAUAUCGUUAGGUUAUAUUGGUGGAAACAUAUCCUCGUGUCACGAUUUAAAUCACUCGCCUAUAAUUCAGCUGGUACUUUUGACGUAACAAUGGUUUCAAUGAUGCAACAAUAAACAGCGCGCGCUCGCUUUUGUUGAACGAACUCGUGUCCGAUGUAACUUGAUUCUUGCGUCGGUGCGUUCUCUCAUGAGUAUGGAUUAAUAACAACAGAUUGUUUGCUCUUCAAUCUGUAUUUCAAUAUGUUUGUAUCCUGGAAUAGGAACUUAUAUGUGUUUUGCAAGAAAGGAUUAAUUAAAGAGAGAGCUUACAGCAAAAGCGAUCGAAAUUGGAUUCUCCAGUUAAUUGAUAAAGCAAUCGUCUUGUUGGUCUUUGCGAGUGUAUAGACAGACUAUAUAUGAAGGUGAUUUAAGGACGUAUCGCACCGUAUCUGUACAGGUAUUUUCCUGUAACAGAUUGUGGGUUUGUUCUGUUCGGUUUAGCAGCCACGCUUUUAUUUGACGUUUUCCUUCAGCAGUUUUUAUUUUAUCGUAGCGUGUUUUUAACAACUGUCGUUUCGUUGCUUAUUCUCUUCUCUUCGUUGAUUUGGUUUAUUUCUACAUUUAUCGCAAAGAGAAAUCUUAAUUAAGUCUAAAGUUGUCACAUUAUUCCAUUUUUCGCGUUGAGGAAGCCACCGUUUUUUUCAAUGUCGUUUGAUUUUCCAGGAGGCGCAAUUUAGUUUAAUUUUAAUACGCAAUGCCGCCACCAAGUGAAGUUUCAUCAAGCAGUCCAACUCCAAGUUCAAGCUCCAGGAUCACACAAAGAUGGCCUGAAAGCAUGACUUCAAUACGUGAAUCUGAUUCCGAGGUCGAAGCCGAUGUUAUCCGAAACAAACCGAACAAUUCCGAAAUCAUUGUCGGUAAAAUACAUCAUCGAAUCCGAGAUGAAGACGAUGAUGAUGACGAUCUUCUGGUGACGUCAGGUGACCUUGACGACAAUAAAACAGGGAAAGUCGGUUUGUUCGAUGUGGUAAAGCGAGAGUUUCGAUGCAAAACAGCCGUCAUCACUAACAGGGCGGCGUAUGAAGAUCCAAUGAUAUUGUCGCCUAGGAAGGCUAAAGUUAACUUUAUUCAGGACAUGAAAACGAAAGUUAGCGUUGGAAUGGAACUGAAGAACAAAGGAGUGGAAUGCGUGCAAGCGAAGAAAUAUCGGGAAGCUACGAAGUUGUUUCACCAGGCGAUGCUGUACAUUAAAGGUUUAGAUCCUGACGAAGGGGUUAUUUGGAGUCCCGAGUUCGAAUCCAUGGACAAAGAUAAGAUGCCACUUAGAGUGAUGCCGAGUGAAUUAAAAGAGAUCAAGGAAGCAGUGGAGAUAGAUUGCUUUCUGAACCUAGCAGUUUGUCUCAUGCACAAAGAGCGAGUUCCUUACCGAAGAAUUAAAGAAUAUUGCUUACGUGUUCUUGAUAUACGAGAUGAUAACGUUAAAGCAUUAAUGAGGGCUGGGAUGGCAUGCUACUACCUACGUGAAUAUGAGUUAUCAAGAUAUUACUUGCAGAAUGCAAAGGAAUACUCACACGAACCGAUAGACUUGAACAUAAAGAAGUACCUACACAUGGUUGAAAGGGAGUUAGCCAAGUCAAGGAAAAAGAAAUAAAUUUCACACCGAUUCAUAUUUUGUUCACUGUGGUUUCGUAUAGAAAUCCUAAAUAACAGCAAAUAUUUGCCAAAUUAUGCAAUGGUGAAGCUAUUUACGCUACGACCCGUUUUCAGCAACGCUAUUGGCAACUUUAAAAAACGAUUCGUGUGUUUUAACUUACCCUUUGUGUUUUUGUAUAUGCUAUUUUGUAUUAUAAACGUAUAACUUAUUUAGCCUCACAUGGUGGGGCACUGACACCCGUUAAAAAACGGGUGUUAUGUUUCAUAUGCACCUUGGCCAGCUUACGAUUUACUACGUUUGUAACUUAUUUAUCCUCGCAUGGCGGGCAACGACAGUCGUUAUAACACGGGUGUUCUGUUUCA